AUGUUGAAAAAAACUUGUGAAUUUAGUAAAAUAUCACAAAAAAAUCCUAUUGCAAUUUUUUUAUUAUUGGCACUUGUUAUACCACAAUUCAACAAUACCAAUGCAGAAGCUGAUGAUGAUAGCAGUUGUGUGGGCAGACCGAACGGAUGGAAAUAUGAGGAUCCACUAGAUUGUCAUGGUUUUUAUGUUUGCCUUGAAGAUAGAGCAUUUCAGAGUUUUUGUGAACAUUUUGAAAAAUUUGAUGAAGAUACAAGAAUGUGUGUUGUUGGUAAAUGUCCACCUUGUAAGAAAUGUAACACCGAUUGUCCAGCACCAUCACCAGCUCCUACAACAACGCCAGAAACUCCGAGUACAACACCGACUCAACCGACUCCAGCACCUUUUGAUCCUAGUAAAAUGGAUUGUCGUAAUGAAAAACUUGGAAAGCUCUGGCAAAGUAUCUCCCACUGCAGAGAAUACUGGCAGUGCCGCAAUAGACAAAAGGUUAGAUUCAGUUGUCCUGUAGGUCAGUGGUUCGAUGAUCGGAAAAAAAAAUGUGACUUAAAAGAAAAUGUUGAUUGUCCAGCAAAUGUUGAUUGAUUUGUGUC